GUCGGACAGCUUUAGAGCUUGAACUCCAAAACAAGCCCUCUGAGGCUGGCCCAUCACAGCCAGUUGUUCUUUUCCUUUUCCUCUCCCUCUUUUUUUGGGAGUCUUUCUGUUUUUUCUGCCCUGCCUGCAGACAGUGUGUGUGAGUGGGUGUGUCUGCGGGCCAGUGCAGCCUAGUCGCUGCUUGUGCGCACUCUGAAAAGAGGAAAAAGUUGAUGAUGAGUUCAGUGUGAGAGCGGCCCGCCUCGGAGCAGGCUACCCGACCAGGAAUGGCAGUUUGGACCAGAGCAGACAAAAACGGUCAGCUGGACCUUCUCCUCCGGGACCGCUGGAUCAGAGUGACCGCCGAACUCACCCGAGAAACGCUGACUUUAACGGCCGAAGCGGAGGCAGGCGGACAGGGGGGCAACCACUGGGACUACAACAACUCUUCGGUGGGCCUGCGAAAUGGCAUGUCGAACGGAAACGACUCGGGACAGAGUCCGGGGAACCAUGGUUGCGGUCCGUCCUCGGGUCAAGACCAACACCAGAACCAGAACCAUGGGGGUAGGGGGCGUAGCGGCAGCCCGGCGCUCGGGGGUGUCAGUCGGGGUCAAUACGACGGCAACUACGGUGUAAAUAGCCCCGGGAAAUACCCGAAUAACGGCACAAACUCUGACUUUGGAAGCCCCGGAUCCAGCUACGGCAGUCCCGGGUCCAGUUUCGGGUCGAGACAAGGAGACAUGCCCGUCAGUGCGGACGGCCCUUCGGAAGCUGUGCGGAAAGUUCGGGUUGUCAAACAGGAGUCUGGCGGGCUGGGGAUCAGUAUUAAGGGGGGGCGCGAGAACCGGAUGCCCAUCCUCAUCUCCAAGAUCUUCCCGGGGCUCGCCGCUGACCAGAGCAGGGCUCUCCGGGUGGGAGACGCGAUUCUGUCCGUUAAUGGGAACGACCUCCGGGAGGCUACACACGACCUCGCGGUCCAGGCGCUUAAGAAGGCGGGGAAAGAAGUUACGCUGGAGGUGAAGUACAUCCGCGAGGUCUCUCCGCUCUUCAAGAAGCCGUCCCUGGUGGCCGAACUGCCGUGGGAUGGCGUCCGCCCGCAGUCGCCUAGCUACAGCGGCAGCGAGGACUCCGGCUCGCCCAAACACAGCUCCCCCCCCCCCAAAGACAGGAAGGUCAUCAGCCUGAAGAUGUGCUUCAUCAGCAGGAACCUCACCAUGCCAGACCUGGAGAACAGACUGCUGGAGCUGCACUCCCCAGACGGGCAGCACACGGUGGUCCUGCGCUGUAAGGACGGACCCUCGGCCAGCUCCUGGUUCACGGCGGUCCACACCAACAUCGCCGCUCUGCUGCCUCACACCCUGGCUCACAUCAACGCUUACCUGGGGGCCACGUCUGCGGCCUCCACACACCCCCACCUCAAACACAUCGGCUGGCUGGCUGAACAGGUUCAGCUGGAAGGUGGACGGCAGCAGUAUAAGCCCGUUGUCAUGGCGCUGACGGAGAAGGACAUCCUGCUGUUUCAGGCGGUGCCGUGGAGCAGAGAGUCCUGGUCCACGCCUCUGCUCACACACCCACUGCUGGCCACAAGGCUGGUUCACUCUGGCAGUGCUCGGGGGUCUCCUGCUCAGGGGUCAGACCUGGUGUUUGCCACCCGGACGGGCACAGGGCGGGGCAUCGAGUCCCACAUCUUCAGAGUGGAGACGCACUGGGACCUGUCGUCAUGGACGCGAGCCCUCGUGCAGGGGGCGCACGCCGCGGCUGAGCUCAUCAAAGAAGUCUCCAUCGGCUGCACCUUGAGCCGGCAGGAUGUGCGUCUGACGCUGCACUACGAGAAGGGCUUCACUGUGACCAGGGAGCAGGUGGACCCAGCAGGGGGGGCCGUGCUCUUCAGGUACCCCUACGAGAAGCUCCGGAUGUCCGCAGACGAUGGAAUACGCAACCUCUACCUGGACUUUGGAGGCCCAGAGGGAGAGAUGGUGUUUGACCUCCACUCAGGUCCCAAGCCGGUGGUAUUUGUCCUCCACUCCUUCCUGUCAGCGAAGCUCACUCGUAUGGGCCUCCUGACGUGAGACAGCAGCAGCGAGGAGACAGGAGACAGCAGCAGCGAGGAGACAGGAGACAGCAGCAGCGAGGAGACAGCAGCAGCGAGGAGACAGCAGCAGCGAGGAGACGCUCCGUAAAUGCUGAUACUUUUCUUUUAGUUUCUUUUUCCGACUCCUCCAUUCAGAGCUGAAGCUUUGGAGUGAGGGAGAUUAGACCACAAGUGUUGAUUGUCUCAGAAUUGUGCCUUCUGUUCAAACAUCUCCUCGGCCUCUGGAAUCAUUUGUUUUGCAGAUAAAAGGAAGUGGCACUUUGCUUGAAGUGAUGAGAGACAAAACAGGCUUUUGAAAAUCAUUCCACGUGAUGAUGCAUUCACUUUUAUUCCAAGCUACGACGCUGUGAUGUGCUCAUGAGAUUCCACUACCAGUGCACUUCAAGCAAAGUGUUAUUUAUAUGAAGGGAUGGACAUUUUGUUAGACAAUAAGCACAGAACCAAGCACAGCCUGGUGAAAGCUCCCUGUUUUACUCUCUGCCUUUCAUUCCACCACAGCCUUCCAAUGUUCAGGGCUCUAAUCUGUUAGUCUUUGUGAGUGUGAGACGCUGAUUUAGAGUCAGAAUGCAGUUAACUGAUCAGAGAGUGUGUGUGUGUGUGUGUGUGUGUGUGUGUGUGUGUGUGUGUGUGUGUGUGUGUGUGUGUG